UCAGCCCUGGUUCUCCUUUCCCUGCUCUGGCCUCACAGGAGGAGUUGGCAGUGAGCUGUGGGCUGCACUGGCCUCAGCCAGACUUCCUGGCCAAGCUCAGGAGGAUGCCCUGGACUGUCCUGCUCUUUGCAGCCGGCUCCUUGGCCAUCCCAGCACCAUCCAUCCUGCUGGUGCCCCCACACCCCAGCAGCCAAGAGGACCCCAUCCACAUCGCCUGUGUAGCCCCCGGGGGCUUCCCAGGGGCCAAUUUCACGCUGUACCGCGGCAGGCAGGUGGUACAGCUCCUGCAGGCCCCCGCGGACCAGCUGAGGGUCACCUUCAACUUGACCGGCGGAGGCAGGGAGGCUCCGGGGGGCACGUUUCACUGCCAGUACGAGGUUCUAGGUGAACAGCCGCAGCUGUCCGACCUCAGUGACACUGUGAGUGUCUCCUUCCCAGUGCCCACUUGGAUACUGGCACUCUCCUUGAGUCUGGCUGGAGCUCUCCUUCUCCUUGCUGGGCUGGUGACCAUUGCCGUGGUGGUCAGGAGAGUGAAAAUAAAAAAAAUGCAGAAGAAAAGAGAGCGAGAAUCCUGCUGGGCCCAGAUCAACUUCGCCACCACAGAUAUGACCUUUGACAAUUCCCUGUUUGCCAUCUCUACGAAAAUGAAUCCAGAAGAUCCAGCCACGCUGGAUGCUGGCUCGCGCUCCGUCGAGACACCUGGCAACUCCGGGCCCCGGAAAAGGCCCACUUCCACAUCUUCCUCGCCCACCCCCGAAUUCAGCACUUUCCGGGCCGCCGGAGGCUGAGGAUCGGGGGCCCCUCUGUGUCUGUGCACUCUCCAUUCAAGCCCCCUGUCUUGAGGGCCUGAGGUUGCUCUAGCUACUUUGGGGUUUCUGGCUGCUGCUUUCUCGCAGGGGAAGUUGAACAGAGGAGACCAAGAGAAUCCUUGGCCUUGGGACCUUCCUCACCAGAGGAGCAGGAGUGGCAGAGGGGUCGCCCACAUUGUCCCUGGAAGCUGGACAGAAAGUGGGAGCACUCUUUGGAUUCUACCCCAGGAAGGAGAUGUUAGGAUCCCUGUGGCUCUCAGCUGGGCCAUAAGAGGUCUGAAUUCUCUGCACACCCUUCCAGUUUCCUCCUCCUCCUGUGGCGUCUGACUCGACCAGCCCAACUGGGUUUUUGGAGCAUAGGGUACCUGGGGGUAUGUUCUGUAUGUCUGUCCCUACUGGGAUGCCUAAGUUAUUAAUUAUAACACGUGUUGAGCUGUUCC